AUUUACCAUGGGUGUACUUCCGGAUUAAAACCAGACAUCAUGGGCCUGCACGACGACCGCGGUCCUGUCCUCAUCAGCAGCGUGUACCCCGUGGUGACGGUGGCGACGCUGUCUGUGGUGGGACGGUUCCUAUCUCGUCGCAUUAAAAGUCAACCAUGGAUGAUGGAUGACUAUAUGGUGAUCGUGGGGUUGAUCCUCACCUGGGGAUGCGCCGUCUGCGCGACACUCUGCGUUCAGUACGGCGUAGGUAAACACCUCGACCCCAUCCAGAACACCUUUCCCUACGUCAAGUUCUGGAAGACCCUCUACGCAUUCAACCAGAUUUACAUCGCGACUGGGCCGACGAUCAAAAUCUCCCUCCUGCUCCUCUACCGCCGCAUCUUCGACACCUUGCUUUUCCGCCGGGUCGUGUUCUGGCUCGUCUGUAUCAACAUCGCCUGGUGGAUCGGGAUGUGCGUGUCGGGCGUUUUCACCUGCGUGCCGGUCCAGGGCUAUUGGUUCACAGAUCUCCCGGGGCGGAAGUGCAUGAGCCUCCUGGACUAUGAUAUCGGCUAUGCGGUGGUCAACAUCGUGCUGGAUGUGUUUAUUCUCAUCUUGCCGAUCCAUAUGAUCUGGCGGUUGACGUUGACGGGGUCGCAGAAGAUCGCGUUGACCUUUAUCUUUCUACUAGGAUCUUUCGCCUGCGUAACAGCCCUAAUGCGUCUCCUCGUCUCAAUCCUCCACGUCAACGACCCCGACCUAACAUGGGUCUACCUAGACGCCCUAAUCUGGACCGUGGUCGAACCCUCCGUCGCCGUAAUCUGCGCCUGCCUGCCCACCCUCCGCCCUGUGCUCUCGUACCUCCUCCCCCGCAAGUUCUCCCUGACAACCGCAACCCGCAGCAAGACGAAAUCGAGCACGGGAUACCCGAAGGGCUCGACGCACUCCGUUGAUCCGCAGCUGUUCGUGCGUCUCGAUGACUCGGGGUCCAUGAAGGCGCUGAAUCAGACAACGGUGCACGCUGGAGUCUCGGACGACCAUGAGAGUGAGGCAGGGGUCGAUGGGAUUCGUGUGCGGCAGAGUAUCGAGUUACAUGAGUAUCGGUAAAGUAUGG